CAGACCUCACAAAAUUAUAACACUACAAAAACAAAACUCACCCAUUGGAACACACAAACACAAGCACAAAGUAAAUGCAAUGCUAACUGUCACUAAAUCAACAGUACACUGUAGCUGACUACCUGAGCACAGUGACUGAGCACCAACACAGAACCAAGCUGACAAAGUACAGCCUCAGCACACACACAGGUGAAGAACCCCGGGGUGUGACUAUGGCACAUGUGAGUAUUAGUUAGUGUCAAAACGCGCGCGCGCGCGGAAAACCAUCGUCGCGAGGGAGCAUUUCUACUCCGCAUGCGAGGAUGUCACGAGCGCUCGCUCGACCGUCUCUACGCUCCCGUGCAACUGCUCAACACUCCCUCGCUUGCCACGCUGACUUUUGGAGGCGGGGACAGAGGCUGACGUCUCCGCUCCUUUGAUUGGUCACUUUGAUUACCGACCAUGACCUUUGAUUGGCUAUUUGGUUUGAUGACUGACACACAUAAUCUCUUCCGCACUCUGGUCCAGCCAGUCCAGUUGGUAGAGAGAACAAUUUUCACAAGGCCAUCAUGUCGGGACAAAUAGAUGAGUAUGACAUCAUCGAUGCUGCUGAAAUUGAAGAAAUUAAAAUGUCACUAGCCACUGAAGAUCUGCCAUCAGCUGUUGGCAAGAUUAAGGAUUACUUUGCACAACAAGACCGUGUGGAACUGAACAUUGCUGUAACAGGAGAGUCUGGAUCUGGAAAGUCCACAUUUAUCAAUGCCUUCAGGGGUUUAGGGGAUGAAGAUGAAGACUCUGCAGAAACUGGUGUUGUAGAGACCACUACAGUGCCUACAGCGUACCCUUAUCCAAAAUUCCCCAAUGUCAAGUUGUGGGAUCUCCCUGGCAUUGGAACCCCCAGAUUCAAAGCUGAUGAAUAUCUCGAACAGGUUCAAUUUGAACGAUAUGAUUUUUUCAUCAUCAUAGCAUCAGAUCGUUUCAGAGAAUGCCACGCCAAUCUGGCAGCAGAGAUACAAAAAAUGAAAAAGAAGUUUUAUUUUGUUCGCUCAAAGAUUGACAGCAACACUGAGGCUGAAAAAAGAAAGAAGACAUUUAACAAAGAUACUAUACUGGAUAAAAUUCGAGAGAACUGCACUAAAGGUCUAGGAGAGACUGGUCUAAAGUCUCCCACUGUCUUCCUGAUCUCUUGCUUCGAACUCAGUCUCUAUGAUUUCAACCGUCUUGAGGAGACCAUGGAGAGGGAACUUCCCCAGCACAAGAGAGAUGUACUGAUGCUGGCACUUCCAACCAUCACUCUGGAGAUCAACGAGAGGAAAAAGAAGGCACUGCAGAGGAACAUAUGGAAGUUGUCUCUGCUCUCUGCCUCGGUUGCAGCUGUGCCGAUACCUGUUGUAAAUGCAGCUGUAUCAAUCAGUGUAGAUGUGGCCAUCUUGGUGUCAGAGCUUAAGAAAUAUUACAAUGCCUUCAAUUUGGACCCAGCCUCCAUACAGAAGCUUUCUGAGAGAUCAGGGAAGUCAGUAGAUGAGCUAAAAGCUGUGCUGAAAUCUCCUCUAAAUCAAGAAAUAACCAAAGACUUGGUCAUUAAGUUGCUGACAGAUUCAAGUCUUUUAGCUGUAGAAUCAGCAGCAGAAUACUGGCUGGGUUUAAUUCCUGUUCUGGGAUCUCUGACAGCUGGGUCACUGUCCUUUGCUACUAUUUACUUCAUACUGCAGCGAUGUCUUAAUGAGCUCGCUGAAGAUGCCCACAAUGUGCUCAUGGUUGCUUUGCAAACAUCAGUAUAAAAAUGUAAAAAAAAAAAAAAAAAGUGUUUUGUCAUUCAUUCUUUCUUUUUUAAAAAAUCUGAUUCAGGAUUAAUUAGUAUUGACUAUUGAUUACUAUUGAAACAGAUUUACAUUAGCUUAUUUAUGACUAUUACCUGAGUUUGUUGAUCUACCAUAUUUUAUUUACUUUUUUUACGUUUUGUUGUGUCACAUACCUAUAUUAAUUAAAUACAGCUUAAAAUGUAGGUAUGUUGUUUGCUGACCAAUUUAAGAAAUGCUGUUUAUGAUUGUUUAUUACAUAAUUUUUUUUAUUACAUAAUGAUUUAUGAUGUUGAUGGUAGGGUGCUGGGUCUGACUGAAGGUAACCAGAGUAAAUAAUUAUCCUGGGUAGAAAAGAAAAGAGAAACAAAGACAACUACCUGUUAUAUCAUUGUAACCACAACAACAAAGUUUUCUGCAUGCCACUAAUCAAAAGCAAUAAGGUUAUUUCACUGGUGUGAUUAA